AUGGAAGUCCUGCUUAGAUCGGCGGGCAGGAGGAGCUCUCGCACGCUCUUAUCAUUGCAUCAUCCUCAUCGCAGCAUCAGUCUGUGCCAGGCAUGGAACCACACGACGCACAGAAAAUGCCAUUUCUCAUCGUCUACUAUUCAGCAUCAUUCAGCUCGUCCAGCAGCAAUUCCCCGAGGUCAUGCCCGUCUCUUCGCCACUAAACAGUCCCAGAAUGCAUCCGAGAACGCCAGCUUAGACGAAGCCGUCGAGUAUGUAAAGGAAAGACAAAAGGAUUCACCCUGGCAGCGUGAAGGCUCACAGACGCCUCCGGUUCGACGACAGAGGUCUGCGUCUGCUAUGACAAAGGGAAAACUGUUGACUACACCGUCGCGGCUUCUCAAACUGAUUCUACCGGUGACAACCAGCGACUACAACGGUGACAGAAAAGAUGUCGAGCCAUUGGCCCUCCUUCUACACCCGCAACAGCCACUAUCAUAUCUCGAACGCUUGAUCCAAGCCGAAGUACCCCCCGUCAAAGGCGACGAUGGCCAAUUACGUCCACCGCACGUUUCUUUCUUUGCCGUGGAAAUCCAAGACGAGCACAUCAAACCCAAGGGAGAAAAGCACAAGAGAGUCCCAUCUGAAGAAAUUGACCAAGACGAAGAAACCGAAGAACAAGAAGAAGUUAGUGCUGGCCAAAAAUCAGCAGCCCAGCAAUCCGCAUCCAACCUACGCGGCGGCCCAGGCGAAGGCGGCGUCGAAAUGUACGGCGACUUGGGCGGCGCCGAACCGGAAACCGUCGACAAGGACUCGUUUGUGCGCUGGUCGUCGUCGACCGAGAUUGGCGACUUUAUACGAGAUGCGGCGCGCGUCAAGGAGUUUCAAGUAGAUAUCCAGGGAUCACCGCUAGGCCGGAUCUCGGUCGGUGUUCCUUCGUUCAACGACCGCACUUACUACCUGCGUAUGCGCCUGCGCAAGAUUUCAAAGAAGCUGCGGGAUCUGGCUAUCAUCAAGCAAGAGUGCGAUAAGCUCGCGCACCGGGGCGGACAGCGGGUCGCACUCGGCGGACUCGGAGUGAUGGUGACGUGGUGGUUCGUCGUGUACGAGCUCACGUUUGAGACGGAUUAUGGCUGGGACACGAUGGAGCCGAUUACGUAUCUGGUCAGUCUGUCGACGCUGAUGGGCGGGUAUACCUGGUUCUUGUAUCAUAACCGCGAGAUCUCGUACCGGUCUGCGCUGGAUUUUACGAUUAAUCGGCGCCAGCAGCAGUUGUAUCAGGCCAAGGGCAUCGAUCUGCAGCUGUGGGAGUCGCUGAUUGAAGAGGCAAACUCGUUGCGCAGGGAGACCAAGACUGUCGCAGAAGAGUAUGAUGUGGACUGGAACGAAAAGGCGGAUGAGCAGGAUGAGCGCGUCACGGAGGCAUUGAAGCAUCAGCGCAGGCAGAAAGAGCGCAAUAUGGAUCGCGAUCGCAAGAAGGAGGAGGAGGAGGAGGAGGAAAAGGAUACCCAUGGCGGUGAUUGA